UUCAUUUACAGCUCGUCUUUAAAUGAAUGCAGUUAUCUGGUCCCCAUUAAAGGGAGAGAACUCGUCCGGUCUUGUUGCUUCAACCACGUGUUGUGCGUGACGUCAUAAUUAAAUCUGAUGUCAUCGAGACCUUGCGCGUUUUCAAUCCUUUUCCUCGAGGAAUUCAAGCAGGAAGGUCGACAUUUUGCUUUUUCUUACAAAUUAAUUUAAAAUUGAUUUAAGAUUUAUUUAUUGAAUAAGAUUUCGUUCUACUUUUAAUGGUAGAUUUAAUUAAUAUUGAAUAUCUACUAAUUUCAUAAAUUAUAUCUUGAUCUUGUUGUGUACUGUAAAUAACAAUAAUUAUUGAUACUUGAUCAGCAGGAAUGCUAGAUAUAGAAGUACAUGUUACAGUAGGUUUAGUCUGGAGGCUCUCUAUCUAUUAACGGAGAUAAAAUAUAUUCGACAUUGCAUUUUCUUUUAGCCGCUAUAUCUAUAUUGACUGAUAGUUAAUAAUCUACUUAUUAAAUCUAAUUUUUUAUUUCUUGAGAAAAUGCCUCGGCCUAAGAGGAACUGUAAAUCUACAUGGAAGACGCGAGGGCAGACUAGGUCAGCCACAAGAUCUAGAGGGAGACGGUCCCAUCAGAUUGAAGUCUCCAUGCAACCCAUUGUAGAGCAGCCGGCUGUAGUUCAGUCUAAUGCAACAACAACAAAUUAUGCAGCAGUAACUCAGGACCAAGGUCAAAUCAAUCAGUACUAUCACACUAAUCAGAACGAUUAUGUGAAUACGUCAUCUGUACAGAACCAAUGUCAUUACUCGUCACAUACCCAUGCCCCAGGGGUGUUGGGACAACAGUCGCUCUAUCAUUCAAAUUCAGUGAAUACGUCAUCUGUACAGAAUCAAGGUCAUUACUCGCAGCUGGCUAAUUGUGUAGUACCAGCCUCAGUUGUACCAGUAACACAUACCCAUGUCCCAGGGAUGUUGGGACAACAGUCGCUCUAUCCUUCAAAUUCAAUGCAAGUGCCAUAUACACAGCAUUGUCAGGGAGCUGUUCCUUCAACGGCCUCGGUAUCGGAAGGAUUUGCUUCAACUUCACAAGGCUUGCAGAUGUCUCCUGCUGGAGGAAUGUUCGAGUCACCUGUGGUUGGGCAGCCCCCGAUGGUACAUGAAACAUCAGGUCCUCCCGAGGUAUGGGUUAUAGGGUCUUCGAUUAUCCGAGAUGCCUACUAUUAUUCCAUCGAAAACAAGGGUCACAACCUUGGAUUGGAUCUCAAAAUAGUUUGGGAUUUUAGGUCAGGUAUGAAGGUUCAACAUCUGGCAAACACCAUACAGCACUUAGCACUGAAAUAUAUGAAAUACCCUGAUAUGCUUAUCAUUCACUGUGGUGGGAAUGAUAUUGGACAGACACCCUUAAAUGAGGCUGAGCUUUUAGCAAUACGCACAUUGAAUGAUGUACACCAGUUAGGUAUUCAAAAUGGGUUUUAUAUAAAGAUUGUCUGGUCGCAAAUUCUUCCACGUAUGUUUUACCGUGGUGAACGUAGCCACUUUAAGUUGAACAAGGCACGAAGGCGCUUUAAUACAACACUUCAAUCAUUUUGUAAAACAAUUGGCGGUGCCUAUAUUCGACAUCAAGACAUAGUGGAAGCCCAGCCUCUUUUUCGGGAUUUGGUUCAUUUGUCAGAAUUUGGUAAUGAAAUAUUCACCAAUGAUUUAAAAGAGGGUAUUGUCGCUAUUUUGCGACAUAACAGAGAUUGCUACCCUUAAGAAUAAAAAUAAUUGAUAUCAUGAAUUAUUAACAAGUCAGUAAACUCUGGUAGGAGAUUAGUGGUGACCGAAUUCCGGCACCAUUUAUUAAUAAUAAUUCUUUGUUUAUGUUGUGAUAGACGCCGCUAUGAUAAUAAUGGUCGAGAUGAUGCAAAUAUGAAUAAUAAAAAUAAUAAUAAAUGAAUUCAUAUGACAGAAAACUAGAAUAUAAUCAAUUUAACAUGCAGACGACCUUCUUGCUUGGAAUCUUUAAUGUAACUCAAAAAUAGACAGAUACAAAUUUAAAGAAUAAGCAAUUGUCAUUUAUGAAGCUCAAAUUAAGAACUUGAUAUAUAGAAUAUGCGUACUAUCGGUGGCAUAAAACCUGACAUUAGCUCUUCGUCUCAUUCGUAGACUCCGCAUGAUACUUUCAACAUAGUAUAUUAAGUAUAUAGCAUAUAGUUUUGCAUUUAACUUAUUAUCGGCGACCGAGUUCCGGCAAUUAAUCCACGAUAUUAAUAUUUCAUUAAUAUAACUUCAAAACUUUACCGAAUUCCGGUAAUAUCUCCGAUGUCCGGAGAAAGAUACAAAUUUGUAUAUGCAGUAUAAAUACAAUUUUAUCAGUUGGCGAUUUACGUCGUUAGAAAUUCUGGCGUCCGAAGAGACAAUUGAAUGUCCAAAUAUUCCGGCGCUGUUGAUCGAAGUCCGAUCUAGUUACCGAUAUCCGGAACAAGUUGAAAUGAAUAUAUAUAUAUCUAUACAGAUUGUUUAUGGGAUGUGCCAUUGAUCGCAAUACUGCGGGCCUCCCUACAAUUAUCGGCGUCCGAAUUCCGGGGCCACCUCCGAUAUCCGGAGUACACACAAGUUUUUCCAAAACAAAAAAUUGGGGGGUCCUUACGUUUCUGUAGGGGGCCUUUAUGUACAUUUUUGGCAUUUUUGUCGUUGAUAAGACGCUACUCCUUGGCAGGGCUUGGUCCUACGACGCAGUCUUGUCCCGGCGCUUUGGCAUUCUAGCGCACUUAUCAAGUACCAUAUUCAUGUGUUUAAAGAAGCAUUCGGCAUUGUUCUUGAUUGGUAUUUAUAUUACAAACCUUUCUUUUGGCAUAUUGGAAAUCUCAAUCAAAGUUAUAUUGAACAUAUUUUGUAUAAUAUAUAUUAUUGCAUGUGCAAUGCGUUUUUGUUACAAGUCAGUCAUGGCCAAGCAACUGCCAUCCUUUUAUAAAUAGAUAAUAUUGCUUUUAAGGUUAUAUGUUCUGAAUAGAAUACCAUAUAUAAAUA